UCUCUGAAAUUGAUGAAAUAUCAACACGAUUGACCAUAUUUUUUCAUUAAUUUUUCAGUUCUCCAAGAACAAGUCUAUAUAUGGCAUCACCAAAGUGUCUGCCAUUUACUGGUAUCUGGCAAAAGCCAGACAUUUCUCAGUGUUACGAUAUGACUAUCACUCAACAACUAAAGAACAUCAUUAACGAAGGUAUCGAUAUAGGAAAUAUCGAGGAGAAAUCUAAAGAACUCGUGAAUAUUUCACAGAAAUCAGUGUAUUUCAAAGAAGAAGAUAUUAACUUCGCUGUAGACAUUCAGGAGAAAAUGGUGCCAUUGAUAUCGAAUGUGUCUACGAAUAUAGUAUUAAAUUAUAUACUUCUUGGUAUAAACAAUAUGAUAAAUGUACCAGAGACGGUUUUGGUUCAAGCAGAACACGCUAACAAAACUGUGAACAGAAUGCUGGACAUUAUAGAAGCAAUCACAGAAAAGAUUUCACUGGAAGAGCCGCAAGUGAGAACUUUAUAUUCUAAUCUUGGUAUUGGUGUUACCAAAGUGGAGAACGGCACUUUUGAUGGUGUAUUCUAUGGUAUCUUAGAUGGAAAUAAUGAAACAGAAGCAAAGAAUAUGAUAUAUAACUCCAUGCAGCCUCAGCAAGUAGAUACAACGGUGAACUUUAUUUCAUUACCAAAGAGCUUAUUGAAACAUUUGAAAGCUGAUGAACAAUCCUCCAUUUCAAGGAUUUCCUUUUCCUCCAUGCAUGAUAAGCUAUAUAGGGUAAUACGUAGUUCUAGUACCAAAGAAAUUGCUAAAAUUAACAGUUAUAUUAUUGCUGCAAAUAUUCCUAACAUUGAGAGCAUAACCAACCUUGAUGAACCAGUUGCCAUGUCAUUUAAUUUAAUAAUUCAGAAUGCCACCAACCCACGGUGUGUUUAUUGGGAUGAAUCACCUGGACAGGAACCCAAAUGGUCAUCAAAAGGCUGUGAUGUAUUCAGAUAUGUACCUGGAAAGAAAGUAGUUUGUUCUUGUAACCAUCUUACAAGUUUUGCCCUGCUAAUGGAUAUCUAUGAGACCAACAUAACUAAUCCGUUCUUGUCUAUGAUAUCUUACAUUGGCUGUGGAAUAUCGGCUGUCUUUCUCAUUCUUACAAUAUUAAUUCAUGUUUGUUUCAAAAAGCUAAGAAAAUUAAUGACUUCGAAGAUUUUGGUAAACUUGUGCAGUUCUUUAGCGGUCACUAAUCUUAUCUUUCUUGUUGGGACACAUCCUUAUGCAACUGACAUAACAGCAGUUUGUAAAGCAGUGGCUGUUGUGUUACACUACUUCCUUAUGACAUCUAUCAUGUGGACGACUAUUGAGGCACUUCAUGUUUUUCUAGCUGUGGUUGUUGUAUUCAAAGUGUUUGAGAAAUCUUUUAUGAGGAGGAGUUUAAUUUUGGCCUGGGGUAUGUAUAAUGUUUUUAUUUUCUGUAUUUAUGUAUAAUGUUUUUAUUAUAGA